AUGGCAAUAGCAGGUCAUCACGGGACAAUGUGGCUUCUUCCCUAUGUCCUCCUUUUCCUUCAGAUGGUGCAGACAGUCACACCAAAUGCAUGCAAGGUCAACAACGGGAACUGUGGGCAGUUCUGCAAAGCUGAAGAUGAAGGAGUCAUAUGUUCCUGUGCUGCCGGCUGUGCCCUGGCCAAUGACAACAAAACCUGCAUUCCUGUAGUCAAGUUCCCGUGUGGUAAGCUUCAGGGAAAUCAUGAAGCCAGUCAAGAGAAAGUCACAGGAAUCACAGCAAGUCCAGAAGCUCUUCCUGAAAAUGAGGAAACCACCAAGGCGCCGAGCAGCCAUCCGGAGGUCACCUGGGAGGCUGGCAGUUUACCCAGCACUUCCCCAUGGCAGGCUGUUCUACUAGUAGAUGAGUACAAUGAAUGGUUUUGUGGGGGGACAAUUCUGAAUGAGUGUUUUAUACUUUCUGGAGCUCAUUGUGUUAACCAGUCUAAAGACUUAUGGGUUCUUGUUGGGAUGGUGGACAAGGAAAAGGAAGAGCCAAGUAGAGCAAUGCACGGAGUGGAAAAAAUAAUUGCACAUGCUGAAUUUAAUACAGAAACUUUCGACAACAACGUAGCCCUUCUCAAAUUAAAGGAACCUAUCACAUUUUCUGAACAUGUUGUCCCAGCAUGCCUUCCGGAAGAAGACUUUGCUAAUGACAUUCUGGUGAACCAAACAUCUGGAAUUGUCAGUGGCUUUGGGAACACAGUUGAACAUGCAUGGCCAGUCAAAAGAAUGAAAGUGCUUCAAAUCCCUUAUGUGGACAGGGACACUUGCAAGCUUGCCCUUCGUAUGCCGGUCACAGAAAACAUGUUCUGUGCUGGUUAUGAUAAAGAUGGAAAAGAUGUCUGCCAAGGAGAUGGAGGGGGCCCCCAUGUAACCAAAUACAAUGGCACUUAUUUUGUUACUGGUAUCAUUAGCUGGGGAGGAGGGUGUGGAAGGCAAGGGAAAUACGGGGUAUACACCAACUUGUCAAAGUUCCUACCCUGGGUGAGAAAUGUUUUGACAGAAAAUUCUUAA